AUGUCGUUCAAGGCUUUCGUGCAGUGUUCUACUCACGAUGGAAUUAAAUACUGCUUCAGUACCUCGAUGGGCAUACAUGUUCUUAGUCUGCUGAUCCUCGCUGCAAGCAUCUUCACGACCACGACCACCAAGAUGAACAGCACUGAGCCAGACAUCGUCAAGACAUCGAUGGACUUCAUCUCCUUCAUGAAUAAGGAACAUGCUAUAGAACCUGUGCCGGCUACCUCGCCCAACUCUACCGAAAUUCCCGGACCGAGCGUGCUAUUCUGGAUGGUCUGCUUCGCCAUCAACGCGAUGACCCAACCGAGCGGACGUGUCUGUGGCCUACGUUAUGAGCCGCAAUGGCUUCUUCGCAGCUCUCCCGUCCUAUCUGCAUUCGAUGCGGCUGACAUGCUCGUUGCUACUUUAACAGAAGCCUGCGCUAGCCCUCGCCAGCCGUUUCGUAGUGCUGUUACUAGAGCCUUGCUCGAGCGCUUCACCAGUGGCGAGGAUGGCUUCUAUUAA